GUAUGUUGGUAAAGCCUGGCGUACCUCUGUUUUAUUUUAUGUAAGUCUUCAACGAGUCUCGUUUCCUCCAGACCAGGAUCAGGUCGGUCUGGGUAUGAACCGGGUCACGUGGUACAGACAGGCUCGACAGAGGUUUCUUGUGUCAGUGUCACCGUUGUUGCACCUUUCCUCCCGUCCUCCCUCCCCUCUAUACCCGUCCGGUGAGUCCACACCUCGUCCCUGCUCUCCAUAAAGACAGAGAAGCGACGGAAGAGCAGACGAGUCAUUUAGUGUAGCGCAGAAAUGUGCUGCGUGUUGACAAGUUUGACCUGAGUUUAAGGAGACGAUUCCCGCCACUCGUGAUGCAGAUGUUCUCCUUUCUGCGGCCAGUGAGAGGCCCCCCUCCUGAGAACAUCUACAUCUCCUCUCUCCCUCCCAGUGUUCCCACAGAUCAGGGGCCAGAGCAAACUGAAGCACAAGCAAAUGACGUUGGUGAGGAGAAAGCAGCAGUGAUCCAGACCACACACACACACAGAGUGUCUGGUCCCUCAGUCUUCCUUCAGAAAAACAAUAAUGAGCCUGUUUCUAGUACUUACUUUGAACAGAGGGUCCCUGUUCCUGAGGAGGAAAGUGAGAGAGUGAUCAGUCUCCGGAAGCUUUGGGCCUUCACUGGGCCGGGGUUUCUGAUGAGCAUAGCGUACCUGGACCCUGGUAACAUCGAGUCUGAUCUGCAGUCUGGUGCUAAAGCUGGCUUCAAGCUCCUUUGGGUGCUGCUGGGAGCCACCGUCAUCGGUCUACUGCUGCAGAGGAUGGCUGUUCGGCUGGGUGUCGUCACUGGGAUGCACCUGGCUGAAGUCUGCAAUCGCCAGUACCACACCGUGCCUCGUAUCAUCCUCUGGUUGAUGGUGGAGCUAGCGAUUAUUGGCUCGGACAUGCAGGAGGUCAUUGGCUGUGCCAUUGCUUUCAGCCUCCUCUCCUCUGGCAGGAUCCCUUUAUGGGGUGGUGUCCUUAUCACCAUCAUUGACACCUUUGUCUUCCUUUUCUUGGACAAGUAUGGUCUGAGGAAAUUGGAAGCCUUUUUUGGUCUGCUCAUUACUAUCAUGGCCAUCACCUUUGGAUAUGAGUAUGUGACAGUGAGUCCAGACCAGGGCCAGCUGCUGAAGGGAAUGUUCACGCCAUACUGCAAGGGCUGUGGGCCUGUUCAGCUGGAGCAGGCUGUCGGGAUCGUGGGAGCUGUCAUCAUGCCUCACAACAUUUACCUUCACUCUGCUCUUGUCAAGUCUCGAGAAGUGGACCGAUCAAGCAAAAAAGAAGUCAAAGAGGCCAACAAGUAUUUCUUCAUUGAGUCAAGUAUCGCGCUGUUCAUCUCUUUCCUCAUUAAUGUGUUUGUGGUGGCUGUUUUUGCUGAGGCUUUCUAUAACCGCACAAACAUAGAGGUGUACAAUGUCUGCAAUCAAACAGGCAGUCCUCAUUCACAUCUAUUCCCUCAGAGCAAUGAAACUCUAGAGGUGGACAUCUAUAAAGGGGGAGUGGUGCUGGGCUGUUUCUUUGGCCCAGCAGCUCUCUACAUCUGGGCUGUGGGGAUUCUUGCAGCUGGUCAGAGCUCCACCAUGACUGGAACGUACUCCGGCCAGUUCGUCAUGGAGGGUUUCUUGGACCUGCGCUGGUCUCGUUUUGCUCGGGUGUUGCUGACCCGCUCCCUCGCCAUCACGCCCACCCUGCUAGUGGCCAUCUUCCAGGACGUGAGGCACCUGACAGGCAUGAAUGACUUCCUCAACGUGCUGCAGAGUGUGCAGUUGCCAUUUGCCCUUGUUCCCAUCCUCACUUUCACCAGUUUGCCGUCUCUCAUGAAUCAGUAUGCCAAUGGAUUGGUAUUUAAGAUAGGAGGAGGUCUAGUGAUCUUGAUCGUAUGUGCCAUCAACAUGUACUUUGUUGUGGUGUAUGUGACUACACUCAACAGUGUGUGGCUGUAUGUGCUGGCAGCAUUCCUCUCCAUAGUAUACCUGACAUUUGUGGGAUAUUUGGUGUGGUUGUGUCUGAUAGCUCUGGGUGUGUCCUGGCUAGAUCCAGCCAGCAGGAGGGGGAAUGACACGAGCAUCCUGAUUGAGGAGCAGGCGGAGUUUGACUCCUGAAUCCAGGUGGCGGGGACAUUCAUUUCAAAGGUGCAGCUGUGAGCACCUUUAGUUUACUUUGAUGCUGAUUUAUUUAUAAUACAAGCAGUAAACACCAAUAAUCUCUAAUGAUAUACAGCCAUCCAUAAAAUUAAUGUGGGUUAAACCAAAUAAGUGUCACAAAAUGAGUGGAUAGAUGGUUUAACCAAUUUUUCUAAAUUAAAGUAAUAUAGGUUUGUUAAAAUUGACACUUGUGCUCUAUAACUUUAUGAACAUCCUAUCAAAUGUAGUUAACAGGACUGGCAGUGUUUGCUGCAGGUCUCAGACAGAAACAGAGGAUAAGUGAAAAAAUCAAAUGUAAGAGGGAGAUCUGAUAACGAAACUCCACAAAAACAGACUGAACAGCUUCCUGCAGCUCAAUCCACUGUCAAAACAAUCUUGCUCUCUAUCUAUGUGUGUAAUGUCUCCUGAAAGGCUGCAGUCGUAUGCAAAAGCAAUUUUAAGACAAAAAUGAUUGCCUACAGCAGGCAAGAGAAGAGUAUUUAAGAUUUUUUAAAAUAAAAGUCAAGACUUUAAUACCCUUUGAGGCUUUUUGUGAAGGAAACUGACGUCAGUGCUUUAUAACCCGCAGACACUUUUUUUUCUCCACCUCUUCAGGCCACAGGGAGGCAGUACAGGCCACUGGACUGCUCAGAUAGAUUAAAAUCAUCCCUGUGCCUACACCAUAAAACAACACAUUACAUGAUAUGAUGUUUUACAUUAUGCCUUAUGUGUUCUUACGGUUGCACAGAAAUACCAUUUUUAUACAGUUGCAGUAUCAGGACUUGACUGUAAUGUUCCCAGUAUCCAUUCAGAUGAGACUGGUGUUUGACAUGCCUGUGGUGAUGGUGUCUGAAGAGUUACAACUAUUGUGCAACUGCAUGCAAGCACUGCUGAUUUCAGUGUUGCUUGAGUUCCAGUCCUGAAAUGCCUCAGUGUUUGCAAGCCGAGCAGAGGCAGAUGGACAGGUUUUUCUUUGCAUUGUAGCAGGGAGCUUUUUUUUCUCUCCCUGUCAUGGAGGCAGAGUUAUGUAAGAGAGAAGAGUCUUCCCACCGCCCCUCUCUGUUUUUGUUUUUCUCAAUGAGCCAAUGUCUCCCUGCCUAGGCCUCACAGCCUGUCCAGUAGGCCCCUUUCCUGGAAACAUAGCCUAGCAAAGGCCACUCAGGGGCAGGCCUGUGAGGUGGGUGGAGGAGGGGAGGAGGGGGCUCUUCCAGCAAAUCACAUGACUGUAGACCCUACAGUACCAGCCCUACAUGAGGCUCUGAUGCCGCAAGCACAUUUCAACAGCUUGUCAUCAUCAUGACUGGAUGUAGCUAAUGCAUGGCAGAGCACAGAAGGCUAUAAGCAGACACCGUGGAUGUGGAACUAGAACCACAACACCUGAUGGUGUGUGUGCACACGCAAGAGGUUAAAAGGUUAAUGUGAUUUGUUUUGUUUUGGGUUUUUUUUUUUUUCUUUUUUUUUGUGUAAUUGAUGUCAACAUCCUCCGACUUUUACCAAGCUUAUAUAACUUGACACUUUUUUUUGGUGAAUUUUGUCACAUGCACCAGUUGUUUGGUAGCUUUUUCAGUGGAGGAUCAUUUGGCCUCAGUGCCCUCUAUAUAUUUAUUUCCAACUAAUUUAUGGUCAUAUGAUCUAAGCCAUUUUAACAAAGACAGAUGUAUUUGUACUGUAUGUUUGCUGUUAUGAUACAGUUGAGAACAUGUGAGUUGUUUUUGUGUCAUGCUGUUUUAUUGCAGAGCUGGCUGAUUUAAUGAGUUACAGUUAUAUAAAUCAUGAAAAGUGCUGUAAACAAACAUCUGUACUGAACAAAUACAGUAAACCACCAC